AUGCCUCUGUACAACAUCACCCUCAAACCUGAUGCUCCCGACGUCGAGCUUGAAAACGCCAAGAAGGAAUUCACAGAGAAGGGCGGUACCAUCAGACACUCAUACAGCCUCAUUAAAGGCUUCACUAUCGAGUUCCCCGAUGACACUGUCCAAACCCUCGAGUCAACCGAGCACGUCCAUGUCGAACAAGAUGGCGCAAUGAACACUCAGUAG